GAGCAGUUGAACGGCGGCAGCAGCGGUGGCAGCACCUUCGAGACUCGGAAAAAGUCGUGGUAAAACUUCCAGCUGAAAAAUUCAUAAAAAAGUAGUUAGUGAGCGCCAAAAAUAAAUGUUCAAAACUGUGAAGAAAAUAUGACAAAAUGAAUGCGGCGAAGUUCUAAUGUCUACAAAAAAGACCACAAACUAAAACAAAAACCAAAAAUGCACGCCAAACUAUAACGAAAGUAAAAGCAAGUAAGCGCACAAGCCCAGUGCUCCCUAAGGAAUAAAAUAUCCUUCACAACAACACAAGACCCCAACCAACCUCCAGGUCACCGUCCACGCCGGCGAUGCUUUUGGAGUUUUUUAAAUAUGCCACAAGACUGCUGAGGAACAAUAUGACAACAAUUAUACUUGCUACAACAACAGCAACCGCCACAACGCCUACACUUAAUAUAACAACAAAUUUCACAACAGCUACCACAACAAACAUUUCUAAUAUCAUCUCCAGCGCCCUCCCAACACAUAACGGCAUGCUACCCGAACAACCCGCCACAACGCAACCCCCAUUGGAGUUCUUCAACUCUACACUCAAAACGUUCUUCAAUAAAACACUCGCUAAUGUGGCGCAGACUAAUUUAAGCGAUUACACCACACCAUCACCGCUUUUCAAUGGCACCGGUGUUGUCGGCGGCAUGGCGGGCGGUACAUUGACUGGUGGCGCAGCAACGGUAAUGUCUGCUCUGCCUACGUUGCCGGUGUCGCGUUACGCCAUGGAGGCGACCACAUCAUUGCCAGCACAAACGGUGGCCACAUUCAUGGCGGCGGGGAACAAGAAUCGCGCCACAAUAAUUGUCUAUCCCACAGUUUCGCCCGAGUCCAUUGUGAUACCCAUCGUUUCGUGUAUUUUCGGUUUCCCUAUAUUGGCAUUGCUUGUCAUCUGUUGCCUGCGUCGUCGCGCGAAAUUGGCAAGGGAACGGGAUCGUCGGCGUAAUUACGAUAUGCAGGACCACGCUGUGAGCCUGGUCAGAUUUAGUCCCAUACAUAGGCUUAAUUACCGACCGUCGCGAGCUAUCAGUCUACGUCCUGAACGAAGCCUGAGCCAGGGUUUCACUUCCCUGGAGCUCGAUACCGUAGUGGAGGAACGCUGCAGUGAUGUGGAACAAACGCAAACGGAAAUACUUAACGCCGAAUCACCCAUGGAGACGACCUCCUCAUACCGGAUGUCCUUUUCAAGCUAACAAUUAGCGGAAAAACAAAAGCUACAACAGCAACAACCACAGCAAUCAUAUUUACUACAAAUUUCUCCAACAACCACAACGCCCACAACCCCACAACCCGCAGAAAAAAUUACACACAAACGCACACAUUCACAAACGCGUUUCAAAAUACGCAAAACCGAAUCGGUGCAGGAGACCCAAUUGGGCGCAACACCCACCAACAAACGUGCCACCAGUAGGAAACGCUUCUCUAUGCGUAAAUCACGUUCACUUGACGCGGAAGCAUACACGCUGGCCUGCGUACAAUCGCCGCUCUGGGCGACAUUAACGAAUGCCCGUACAAUCAAUGAAAUCCUACAGGACGAUUACUAAAUGAGGUGACAGCGAAGCAAGCGGCUGUUGAAUAAAAAAGCAACCAAACUACAUAAAAAAAAUGAUGGUGAAAGUUUUGCUUGUCUAUCGAUGAACAAGCAAAUUUCCAGCUAAGGCCAUUGAAGGUAAAAAAUUCUAUCAUAUUUGGCCUACAUCCCCUCAUCGUAAACGUCUUAAAUCGAGCAGGAAUUUACAAUUAAUUUGAAAGAAGAAAGUAGCGCGUCCCUUCCAAAGAGUAUGGGUAGUGUAAAAAAUAUGUAAUUCAGCAGAAAUUCAAUUGCCUAAAGAGGCGAAAGCAGACUUAUUAAAAAUUUAUUGUUUUCUGUGUUGAUAUUAAAUAAAUUGAAUAUUAAAUAUUGAUAAAGUUGCAAUGUAUUGGUAAUAAAAAUUUAGUAGCAUAGUGUAAAAGUAAUUUAAGAACAAAUGUACUAAAGAAUUUACUAACUAAAUUUGUACUAUAUAAUUUACAAAAGUUAUUAUUUCUUUAAACUUAUGAUACAUUUAUGAACAAGUGGAACAUCAAAAAUAUGAGUGAAAAAAUUAAAAAAUAAUAAAAUUUUCGCAGCUAAAAUCCCAACAUAAUACU